ACGUGGUUUGAAGGCGACCAAUCAGGCGCCCCUCCAGGUUUAACUAUGUUAAAUGUCAGAUUGCAAUAAACUAGAAGCUGUUGGUCGGGCCCGCGGAAAUGGGCGAGCAUAAUCUCCUUAAUCCAGGGUUUGUUGGACCUUUGGUUAACAUCCACACUGGAGACACGUUUUACUUUCCGAAUUUUAGAGCCUCAGGGGGACAACUGGCGGGGCUACCGUCUCUCUCCUACCCGAGAAGGGACAAUGUUUGCUCCCUCCCGUGGAAUCCUUCGGAGCCGUGCAAUGGAUACUCUCAAUCCUACUUUAGCAGCCCCGUGUCUAUUAACCCUUCUUUCAAUCGGUCGUGUGAAAUCACCAGACCAGAUGACGGUAAAUGUUAUUAUAACAAUGGCAACGGGAACAGAGAGACCUGCUCAGGUGGCAGCAGCCUCAAACGAGAGGACAGGGCGAGAGACACAUCAUCCCUAACAUCUGACCACGGGAUGCACAGUGGGAUUGGCAACACUGCCGCCUUUUCCAAAUAUGAUUAUGGGAGCGAGCAGCUAACGCAAGAUCCGCCAUCCUGUCAGUCAAUGGAGUCCGACUCCAGCUCCUCUCUGCUCAACGAGGGCAGCAAGCCUUCAUCCAGCGACACACAGACCCUGGUGUCACCGGGAAGCCAUGCAAGCAACAUAGCCGCAGGCGGAGGUGCCCCAUGGUACCCGAUGCACACUCGGACUAGAAAGAAGCGCAAACCCUACUCCAAACUCCAGCUGGCUGAGCUAGAAGGUGAAUUCAUGCUGAACGAGUUCAUCACCAGGCAGCGGCGGAGGGAGCUCUCCGACCGUCUGAACCUCAGCGACCAACAAGUCAAGAUCUGGUUCCAGAACCGCAGGAUGAAGAAGAAGAGACUCAUGCUGAGGGAGCAAGCCUUGGCCUACUUUUAGAGAUGCGGCAGAAGGUGAAUCGAUAGGCAGUAAAAGCCAAAAAACCUUCUUUGCUCCCUUAGGUCUUCUUUCAGUGCAUGCGCUCAUUUAUCCAUCUUUUAAAUUGCAGGCAAAUGUUGCAACAUUUUCUGAUAUUUUUUGUUCAAGUUGCGGGCUACAUAAGCAAACAAACUGUUAUAAUGUACCCAGAACUAUUCUCAGCGAGACUGCCAUCAUGUUUGGUAUAAUCGCACAGAAGCUGUGAGAAUGUCUUUUUCAGUGCAGGUUGCAUCUUCUUCUUUUUUUUCCCUUUUUUUUUUAAAUCCUUUUCUGUUACCAGAUUACCCAAUCCCCUACUUAGUUUAAUACAUUUAAUAUGCUCAGUUUGGGAAAACACAAAAUGACGGGAUGUCUUAAUCUCCCCCUAUUUAGUCAGAGAAAAUGAAGAGGCAGCGGGACCACUUUGUUAAUCACAAAUGGGCCCAAACAAAUAAACAAAAAACAAAAACCAGUGAAGUCAGGAGACACAGAGAAGCCUGUCUGCAGGCUGGAGCCACAUCCGCGCAAUAAUUUCUCUGUUAUGAAGUGAUGUUGUAGAAGAAGAGUCUUCCUCUCAGUGGAGUAUUGUCUCUAGAGCCAGACUUUGUUUAGUAAGAAGAGCACCUUCCUUAUGUCCCUCUCCCAUAGUUAUCGUCACAUGUUGUGGGCACGUUCACGGUCACGGGCAGGAAGUCAUGGGAGUCUGCGUCAGGAGAGGGAGGACUAAACCCAUAUCUAUAUAUUUAUGACUGCACAUUAACUGUCAUGACUUUGUUCAUGUGCUUACACGUUUCUAAAUAUAAUUUCAUACUCUCAUCAACCCUUUUUGUGUUUUACAUCCACCACAGAAUCCUGCAUGUGUAGCAUUUCUUUAUUUGAGUGAGAUCACCGUUUGAAUACGGGUUUGAGCUGCUAUUAAAAACAAAAUAAAAUAAAGAAUAAAGUACCACGACCUGAUUGUGAACAAAUAGUAUAUUCUACUAAACUAAACUGGCAAAGAUCUGGAAUGAAAAUAUUCCAAAGGUAUAUAUGUACAAUUUAAGCCCCACUUGUUUAAACAAGCACGCAGCGUAAAGCUGCGGCUGCGGAGAGAAUAAUGUUUUAAGGCCUGAAAAAAACAGUUUUUCAAACUUGGAGCUCAGAAUGGAAAACAAAAAUGUAGAAGAUUUCGAACACAUACAUAAGGCCUAUAUGUGUGCUCCCGUCGUUCGGUGCGGGGGGCGAAUGCAAUUAUAUGUUAUGUAUAAUGAGUAAGCUAUAGCAGUGAAAAGUAUUUGCAGCAUGUUAUUAAUGUGAAAUUAUUAUAAAUGAUGUUCUGCGGCCACUUUUUUCUUUAAGUUACUUUUUUUAUAUACAUUUUUUCUUACACUAGUGAACGAAUACGAACUAAACUUGUCUUCGACACAAACGUCUACAAAGAAUAUAUUAUAAUUAUUGUUAUUAUUAUUGUUAUUAUUAUUAAUAAUACUAUUAUUAUGGUGAUGAUAAAAGGACAGAGGGCCUAUCAGGCCUGUUUUAAAUGUACUUUGCGAAGUCCUUAGUGUCGUCCCUUUCCUUACCUUGUACUCGUGUAUAUCUUUGUAAAAUGAAAUUACACAUGUUACUAUUUGCGUCCUAUUUUAGGAUCCCUUAUCGAUAUGUAAUAGUGCGUUAUGUUAUUAAUCGUCUUGUUACAAUACCGCAUUCCAUAGCCUAUUUGUGGAAGUGAGGGUGUGGAAACGUAGGCCUAAUAUUAUAUGAUAUUGCCAUGAAUGGAUACAAGAAAUUGUAUGCAAGAAAUGUUUUUUUCCAUACAUGACAUUUAAAGAAACUCAGUGUAGUCGUUGUUUGUUACGGUUCUUUUAUUUCGUCCCUCACUGCAUUCCCUUCUUUGCGCUUGUAAGGAUUGCUACAUUGUCUUGUAAAAGUAAUAAUGAUAUGAAUGUAUAUGCGUAAGGUAUUCAAUAAACAGAAUAUUGAAAUGUUUA